AUGGCGUGGUUAAAGACAUUUGCCGCGAUUGCGGCGGUCGCUUCUGGCCUCCCGGCCUCUUUUGUCUCUGCCAAUCCCGUCUCUCUCGAGGCGAGGGACCUCCUCUCACCACUGAAGGUCGGCGCCACCGCUGAGCAGGAGAAAUGGUCGCCUGCCCUCGAUUACGACACGGACAGCUGUUACAACACAGUGGCCGUUUCCCCCAGCGGCCAGCUCAACGCAGGUCAGGACCCUGGGAAGGGUCAGGGCGAAAUCCUCAGCAACUGUCGAAAGGAGGUCAGACUCACCAACACAAAUGUCUACGUUCGUAGCAAAUGCAACAACGGAUGGUGUGCGCACAUGUACGACUACUACUUUGAGUCGGACUUUGGAACAGGCGGUCAUCGCCAUGACUGGGAACACAUUGUCGUCUGGGUCCAGAACGGACAGCUCAAGUUUGUCUCUGCCUCCGCGCAUGGAGACUGGGAUAUUCGGUUCACCUACCAGGAUCCCAAGCCACGCUUUGAGGGAAGUACUCAUGCGAAGAUUGUGUACCACAAAGACGGCGGUUUCACUCAUGCAUUCCGCUAUGCCAACGGCAACGAUGAGCCACCGGAGAACCACUGGAAGAGCUGGCGCUGGGGUAUCGGUGCCGGCCUCAUCAACUGGGACUGGAUCCCCGAGAACUUGCGGAACGCCCUGAAUGACAAGGACUGGGGUAAGGCUGAGAUGGCAGUUCGGAACAAGAACAGGGAUGCUUGGAACUUUGGGUGGUACUUGGACCAAUCGAGGACCUUCUGCUGUUGCGAGGCUUGGUGUCCAGGUAGACUCAACCCCGAGUUCGAUGCCUGGGCGUAG